UGUAUAUGUUCUGCUCUGUGAUACACACAACACCCUCGUGUUUACAGCAGGAUCAGAGUGGAGUUGAGCAUACUUGUCUGAGCUGCUCGGGCUUUAUGCAGCAUCUCCAUCAGAUCCCCAUUCACAACUCUGGGCAGGAACUCUCUAAGCUGCAUGACUUCUGUGGUCAACUUCUCUAAAUCUCUCUUCCUCACUCUGAUGAAGCCACCCUGGAAGAAAAAAAGAUAGAAAAAGACUGCGUCCUUCUUUGCCACAGAUUCACUCAUUUAAUUGUGCGUUUUUAGAUUCUAAGUAAUCCAUAGACAGACAAGGAAACUAUUAAAUAUGCACUCCAGACCAGGCAGAGUGUGAUAAGGGCUCAGUGUCAACUGCUAUUACAAUGAAGCAUGUCUGCAGGAUGGCCUAUAAAUAAGCAAUGGGGACAAAUGAAUAGAAAACACAGUCUUAGGUAUGUGUUGGCCGACCAUGUUCUGCAAUAUCAGCUUCAAUGCACCGAUUCUCUGAGUUUUAAAUCAUCACCAUCAUUUAUGAGGUCUCUGCUGAGUUACUGGUUUAACUUAAGUUCAGACAGACUUUACAGUGUCUCCUUUAUGAAGAAGCUGGCGACAGAACAGAGACACUUCCUGUAGUUUCUUCAUUGAAAUUAUGCACAGUCCUCAUUUUUAGUUUUAUAAUAUAAUGUAAGUCUACAGUGUCAUCUCAGGGUUUGAGCACACUGUCUAAAGAUGGCUCUGUCACUCAGAUAGUUGUAUUUGAAUUAAAACAAGGUUAAAGAUUUAGCUGCUGGCUUGAAAAAGUCCCACUUUUAUUAGCCAGGUACGCGUUUUAACUCUGUACGUGUAGUGACCACUAUCACAGAGUCACCAAACACUGAGAGGCCCAUCUUUUGUCUUUGGACUCCAGCCGGUCUGAUGAGGACGAAGCUAAAGAUGUCGUCUUUGUUCUCCUGAUUAGCAGGAACAGCAGGCAGGUUCGUCCGCGGCUGACUGGGUCUUACCUUUGCUUUUUGGCCCGUCUUUUUCCCGCCUGGUAAGGCUGCCAUGUUACUGCUGGUUGGUGAGUCUGCUUCUGUGGUCACAGAGACCAGCACUCGGUUUAUUACACAGCCAGCAAAGCUAGCACGUUAGCUAAGAAAUGUUUCUGAAUCCACAGACACAGGUUUGAGUUGUUUAGUGCCACAUCACCAAUGUUUUUGAAUAUAUUGGACACAUAAAGCUGCUCACCAGUGGUGUGAGUCAGAGGACUGAGGACCUGUUCCUGGCCGCUUUUUAGCGCAGACCGUCCCAAACACACGGGGUGUAGCUGUGAGGUGGGCUCCAGUCCGGGUUUUACGGCCUGCGAGAGAGCUGGGCUCUUCCUUUGUGUUUGAACUUCUUCAGUGUGCUCCGUGGGACCGGUGCGGUGGAGACAAGCACUUCCGUUUGCCCUCUCUCGGCUCACUCAUGUCUGGGGGACUAGAAGCCCGCUUCUCCGGGGAUGACGUGUUUGUGAGCUGCUUCCCAGUGCACCGCGCCUGCCGGGAUGGGGAUGUUGGGGCUCUGGUCCUUCUGUUACAGCAGCUGUCAAACCACAUCCAUCUAACUGCCGAGGACUCCUUCUAUGGAUGGACUCCCAUUCACUGGGCUGCUCACUAUGGACAGCUGGAGUGCGUGAUGCACCUGGUGGAGAUGGGCUGCGAGGUGAACAGGGUGACCAGUCGAUUCAAUCAGACUCCAACGCACACCGCAGCAUUCGGAGGACAUCCUCACUGCGUGGUGUGGCUCACUCAGGCUGGGGCUGACGUCAACAAGCAGGACUUUGUUGGUGAGGCUCCCAUUCAUAAGGCAGCUCGGUCGGGUAGCUUGGAGUGUAUCCAGGUCCUUUUGAUAGCAGGCGCUAAACCGCAUUUAGAGAAUGCAAGCGGGCAGACGGCAGCAGACCUGGCCCACGCUCAAGGCUUCCACGACUGUUUCUGCUUCAUCUCCAACGCCCAGAAGCACCUGCAGCAGCGUAACGAGGGGAACAUGGUGCAGACUGGAGGCGGCGCCCCCUGUGGUCUGGGCGCGCUCAGCAGAAAGAGGCAGCUAGCCGCCCUGGAGGCGGGCCACCUGAAAAAAGCCAAAAGGGCUGAUGGUGUGCUGGUGCAGAGCAGCGCGCUCGAGGAGCUGGACGCCAUGAGCCUGGAGCUCAGCGCAGAUUUCAACAACGGGCAUCUCCACGCUGCGCCUCGUCCUCCGCUCUCUCCGCCACGUUGUCGGCGGGCUUCGGCCGAGAUGUGCGGCUCGCUGCACCUGAGCAGCAGCCCGGGCGGCUGCGUCUCCAACUGGCCCGCGUUGUCCCGGCCUGUCAGAAUGAAGGAUCAUUCUUGGUUCAGUGAUCUUCUGUCUGACUUGUUAGAGAGAAAGUUGUAA